ACUACUGCUACUCUUUCCAGCCUUCCUUCCUUCCUUCCUUCCUAUACUUGUAAGACUAUCAUCUCUUCUUCUUCUCCAUCAUGUCCACCAUUAAGUUAUCAAACACUAACAACUUUAGAAAGCCAUCAUCAUGCUUCAAACAGUCCGACGAGCUCGAUGUCUUUGAUGCGGCACGAUACUUCUCCGGCAGCAUAGAUUGUGUUAGCAAUGCACUGAGAGAAGACAAGCUUAUGAGAAAGCCAGCAAAGAAGAGCUUAGAGCGUGCUACCACUAGUACUCCUGCAGCAGUUAACACUGCACAAGCAUCUAAGAAAGAGAUCACCAAGGAUGAGCCUUAUAAGCAACCAAGCUCUCCUUGUGGCUCACUGGCUGACUUCCUUAGCUUGCUCUUCCAAUCAUCUCUUAAGAAGAAGUUGAGGUAUUUAGAGGAUGGUGAGAAGAUCCUCGAGUUGAGGGACAAGAGCAACGUUAACUCCAAAGCCAAGGUGACAAGCCAUGAAGCAUGGCAAGAUAACAAAGUGGCCAUGAUCAAUGAUGAUCAUACAUGGAUGGCUGAGAAAGCUAGAUUCAGGGAGAGGUUUUUCAAAAAUUACAAGUUUGCAAGCAAUGGUACGUACUCUUUGGAAGAUCAGGGUAAGAAGAUUAAUGGUGAUGAGUUUUGUGGGGAGUGCAUGGUUCCUAAUAAUACUGAAUUAGGUGCGGUGGAGAACAAGUGGGUGUUAAAAGGUAACAGUGCUUGGAAAGACAAGGUAUGGGCAAAUGAAAUGAAAGCAAAGGAGAGGAGAGGAUUCAAAAGGGUGGUGUUAGAGGAGGAGGAUGGAGGGGAGAGUGAUUCAAGCUCUGAUCUUUUUGAGAUAAAGAGCUUUUGUUCUGGUACUCUCUCAAGUGAUCUUCCUGUUUAUGGCACCACAGACAUGGAGUUUGUGAAGAGGGAGGCCAUUGCCAUUGCCAUCUCCAUUGGUUCCUCUGCAAGGAGAUAGUCAGCAACCAGUCCUUACUGAAGCUUCACUGAAAAUUAAG